AUGAAAAAGAUGGAGAAGAACACAGAUCAUGCAUCAGUAACUCUGAACAAAGCCGUUAUGGAGGUUUUGCCCCCUGAGCCCCCCUGUGACACUGUCAUUUUAGACAAUGGAAGGACCAUCAACAAUUUCAUAGACAAUAAAAUAAAAGAGCUUGAUUCAUUGUUUAAUGUUGGUGUCAUCUCUACAGACUUGGAGAAGGUCUUAGCUGUGCAAAUGAGCAUGGGCAUAGCUCAUGACAAUGAUCUACCCUUCCAUGUGGCAAAUCUAGACAGCGUGUUUGAGAGACACCACAGAUGGCUUACUCACUUACCUCGAGUCAAGCCUUUCUAUGCAGUGAAGUGCAACAACACACCAGCAGUUAUCCAGAUGCUAAGAGCUCUGGACACAGGUUUUGACUGUGCCAGCAAGGGUGAGAUUCAGUUGGCCCUGUCCCUUGGAGUGACGCCUGAUAAAAUAAUUUACGCACAUACAACAAAACCAGGGUUCCACAUCAAAUAUGCCUGUGCUCACGGAGUAGACUUGAUGACUUUUGAUAAUGAGGCUGAACUCCUAAAAAUUUCUCAGUGUCAUGCCAAAGCCAAACUAAUUCUCCGCAUCAUAGUGGAUGACUCCAAAUCCCUGGUAAGACUGAGUUCAAAGUUUGGUGCCAGACUGGAUACUGUUGAGAAGCUGCUGGAACGAGCUAAAGAGCUGGGCUUAGAAGUCAUUGGAGUCAGCUUCCAUGUAGGGAGCGGGUGCACUGACAGUUUGGUGUUCAAGCAGGCCAUAUCAGAUGCACGACAUGUGUUUGACCUAGCAAAUUUAUUGGGCUUCCAAAUGACACUCCUGGAUAUUGGUGGAGGGUUUUCUGGGAGAGAGGACUUCCAAGUGAACAUUGAAGAGUUUUCAGAAGUUAUUAAUGGAGCACUGGAUAAAUUCUUCCCACCUGAAAGUGGUGUGCAGAUAAUUGCAGAACCAGGCCGAUACUAUGUGGAAUCAGCCUUCACACUGGUAGUGAACAUCAUUGCCAAAAGAGUCGACAUGGAUCAUUCAGAUGGUGAAGAAAACAGCUCCAACAGAAUGGUCUACUACAUUAAUGAUGGAGUGUAUGGCUCCUUGAAUUGCCUCAUCAACGAUCCUGCCCACACCAGCGUUACACCAUAUCUUCACAAGGCUGUUGAUGGCAGCAAGCAGCGAUACUGGUCUGUCAUCUGGGGUCCAACCUGCGACAGCCUUGACAAAAUAAUUGAAAACUACUGGAUACCUGAGCUGGAAGUGGGGGACUGGCUUCUCAUUGACAACAUGGGAGCUUACUCUGUUAGUAUAACCUCUACCUUCAAUGGCUUUGAAAAAGCACACAUUUAUCCUGUUGUGACUGCAGAGACAUGGCAUGCCUUAAACCUUUCUCACACCAAUGGCAUUAUCAAUUAA